AUGGCGUUUAGAAAUCCCAUGUAUCAAUUGUCCAAUGUGGAUGACAUAGACAGCGAAGUUUUGAAUUCGAGAUUUUUAUCAGAAACCAAGGAUGAUGGAUUUUCCCGCCGGCGUACCACAUUAGCUGAGGGGCGGAAUGGUGUUCCUGAGGUGCUUGAACGCACAAGACCUCGGAUAGCUCACAAGCGUCAGAGGCGUCGUCAUGUUCCGCGUUGGAUUAGUGACAGUUUUCGAACGUGUUUGCCCAGCCCAUCCGGCAAAUGGAAGGAACAGACGGCAAAUGAAGGGGAGGGUCGUGUCAAGAGUUCUUGGCUUGCAGCUUGUGAUGAACGAAUUGGUAUUGCUGAGCCAACGAAUUACUGGCACGGAAUUGUUCGGACAGAAGAUGAUAGCUCCAAAACGCUGUAUCUGAUACCGGAGACUUGGGAGGAUGUUCACUUAAAAGAAGGAUUUGUUGCUAUCAUUGAUUUAGCAGCUGAGCGUUUGCAGUGCUCAAAACUUAUUCUUUUUGUGGAUAAAAAUUUGUCCGCCUUAUCGUAUCUUGUUAAAAGUCUACAUUGGGUGGGUUUUGAACCUGUUCCUCACUUAGAUUGCGUUGAUCAUGUGCUUUUUGGAAUGGAACUUUAG